UACUGUGUGAUCACCGGGGCUGGAGGAGGAUAUCAGUGGAACGGCGGAAGUCAUUUGACCAACACCAUUCGCGACUCCGGUGGGAGAGAGUAUGGCUUCGCAAUGGUGGAAGUCAACAAGAGCAAAACAAUUCUCAGAUUUCUGAAUAGUGACAGGAAGGUUCUUUGGGAUGAGACGCUUCUGGAGAAUCCCAAUGCUCAAGAGGUGGAAGUCGAGCCGAUCCCUGCCAAAGAUGCAGAGAUUUUGGCCGACUAUGAGGCCGAAGAAGACAAGGAGUUGGACACUGGGCUGCCCUGCCAGUGGGCGGACUGGGAAGACGGUGAGUGCGACGCAACCUGCGGCGAUGCAGUGAUGGUGCGUCGCAGACAAGAGGUGACGAAACAAGUGGAGUGCAAGGAUGAGCAAAUGCGCGUGAACUGCACCCUGGAGCCUUGCACGGAGCCUGGCACUGGAACUGACUCUCCAGGCAGCACCUCCAAAGCUGCGGAGACCUUCUCCUCGGAGACGACACCUGCAGCACCCACGGCCGAAACGAGUAACGCGCCGGCGGAUGGGGACGAGACGAAGGAGAGCGUGAGUCUGUGGAGCCUGUUGAAACUGGGGGCCAUGGUCCUGGUGCUGCUGCUGGUGAUUGCCCUGAUGAUCCUCCGAAGACGAGCGCACACGAGGGCUGAAGGC